UAUUUGAGCAGCUGAUAUUAUACCUGCACAAGUGGGCCAUGCUGUUAUUCCAAAAAUUAUUUUAAUUUGCUAGUUUGAAAGCAAUACCAUUUUCGCACUGUUUUAGUUGAAGGAAUGUCAGAUUAUGUUCCAUUUCUCAUGCAGUACACAGCCAGUCAUGGUUUUGUAUGCUUUUGCAUUUUCUGCAAUUUUUCAUCACAAGAUGGGGAAAGGAACCCGAAAGUAGUUGUAUAUAUUAUAGUUGAAAUUUUGUCAUUAUAUUUUGAGGUAAGUAAAUGCUUAAGGUAAAAGUUGAAGCAACAAGAAACAUUCAGUCAUACAUGAAAUUAUAACAAAGGCUUAACCUCCAAAACUUUUAUCAUCAAAUUUUUAUUUUUAUCUUAUUCUCCAUGUUUGCUUAUCUACCAUGAGUACAUUUGUAACAAUCCACAUAGCACAAGUCACACUUUAAUUUUUCAAGAGUUUCUUGUUAUGUUCUAUGGAAAUAGAACUGGUAGGAUGCCUAUUUUGAAAUUCCCGGAUUUUCAUGGAAACUCAGUCACACUACCUUAUAGGGAAAAAUGUUAAGUCAGUUUCUAGGUUAAAAAUGUAGGUGAUGAUGACAGAUGACAGUUUGCUGAGGUGAGCCCACAGAAAGGCUUUAGAGCAAGACUUUCAGAAGGAUUCCUUCUCCUCAUUAAACGUGGAGAGGAGUCUUAGCUUUGAGCCUGGACUUGGCUUUGUUGAUGGCCUAAGGUAUCGAGAAUUCUCUUUUUUUACAGGAAGGUGUCUUUGCCACCAGAUUAGCAAUAUCAGACACUUCUGCUACUGUUCCAGCAACUCUUUAGUGUGCCUUCCAUAAAGUUCUUUAUAUUCUUUGCUCAACAACAACAAAAAAAUUGGCAAAGCAUUUUAAAAAAAGAGGGCCCAUUUUAGUUAGCAUCUGAUGUAUUCUCAGUUCCAUUUUUAAUAUCGGUCUUUUAAGGACUGGAGCAGGGGCUCUCUAACCAGCAGCAUGAGCCUCACCUGGGAACUUGUCAGGAUGCACAUCAUUAGUCCCCACUCCAGAUUUCAGACUUUGUGAAUUAGAAACUCUGAGGGUGGGGCUGAGCAGUCUGUUUUCACAAGGUGACUCUGAGGGACAGUGGUUUGUGAACCCCUGGGCUGGAGAACGUCAGCCGAAGAUGUGCUACAUUCCUCAAUAACUGAAGAUGGACUCAGAGAAGCCAUGCUAAUUAAAAAAAAUCUAUUGGGGAAAGGGGAAAAAGCUCAUAUGAACUUAACUGCCUGGUCAUCCCAAGAAUCAGAAUCUGGCUAUAUGUCAAGAGAGGUUUGGUGUGAAUAUUCGGCUUGCUCACUGAGUUGAGAAUUUUGAGACUGAUGAGGACUUCUUUCACCAGUCCCUGAUAUCUCAUCGAAUUAGAGGUUGUGGGACAGUGUGAUUAACUCUUUCCAAGUGUUUCAGGUCUUUUGCAACAGGCAUGGCCACUUAUGUCUCAUGGUUUUAAUGAACAGAUAAUCUGGAAUUCUAGUUGCUCAUUGCCUAAACAUCAGUGUAUUUAUAUUCACUAAUUCACUGAGCAUUUAGUGAGCACCUACUCUUCGUGAGGCACAAGAUGAGUAAGGCAUGGCCCCUGUGCUCAAGGAAUGUAUCACUUAGUCAUAUCAGAAAACAUCCCAGGGCACAGUGUCUCCAUAGGCUCACAGAUGUGUGCUUUCCUAAAUGCGUCCAAGCUGCUCUCUCACAGAUCCAAUUUAAACUGGCCUCAGAAUCGAAGCUCAGGUACUUUUAUCAUCAUUUGGGGCUUAAUUCUUUUGCCCCCCCCCUUUCCCUUUUGAUAUAGUCUUAGUUUAUUGCUGGGAUGUUGCUGAAAUGUAUGACAAUGUCUUUCUUAACCUCCUGAGUUUAAGGAAUAGAAUAGGCUUCUUUGUCUAGUUCAUUCUGGAGAAAUUCUGAACAAAGACUGACAGAUGGACUCCCUUAUGAGCAAUAGUUACUUGAACUGUUUUUUUUUAAUGUUUAUUUCUUUUUUGAGAGAGAGUGUGCGCACAUGCACACGAGUGGGGGAGGGGCAGAGAGAGGGAGACAGAGGAUCCGAAGCGGGCUCCGCACUGACAUCAGAGAGCCUGAUGCUGGGCUCGAACUCACAAACCUUGAGAUUGCGACCUGAGGAACAUUUGGACACUUAACCAACUGAGCCACUGAGGUGCCCUGUUACUUGAACUAUUAAUGUUAUUAAAAACAAAAUAUUAAAACAAAAUAAGAGAAAUUACUUGGAAAGAUAAUCAAAGUGUUAAAAUCAUAAGUUCUUUGUGAAUAAUAAGUCUAAACACGAAACCCCCAUGCUGAGAAGGCAGGCUGGAAGUCUUUACAACCUUCAUGCCCAGUCAAUCCAUGGUGGGUUGUUUUCCCUUUAUUCACGCAAAACAUUUGCAAAACAUUUCUUUCUUUUUUUUUUUUAAUCUCUGAGUACUUUUGAGCCCAAGUCCUGGGCUGUAAGAGGUUCUUUGACUGCUCUUGUCCUCAACCCCUCUUGUUCCUACACCCUCACCAUAGUGUAGGGAGGCUUCUGGCAAGAGCCACUCGGCCUUUCCUCUCCGAGUGCACGGUCAGUGCCUUGCCUGCUCCUGCCACUGGCUCAGAGGUUCAGCCAGAUCCCUGUCAAUGGUGCCUGCCCUGCUAUUGCCAAGCACCAGUCUCAGCUGUCGAUGCCAUGGCAGGUGAUAAGACCUCACAGAGUAAGUGCAUCUGGGCAUGUGAGUGCGCACGUUAAAUAAUGCAAAAGAAAAAGAAACAUGGGACCCUCAAAUCUCAGAAAUGGCACUUUUUGCGUGAGAUUUUCUUCCAUGCCUGAAAUCACAGUUUGCAAACGGCCUAAAAUACAACCAGUUUUGAGUCCUUCUUUUUUAUAUAAUUUGGUGAACAUGAUCAAUAAUUUAUAAUAAUGAGUUAGCAGAAAAUGGCCAAAUCGGGAAAGGGUUCUUUCCAUCUUUAGGCAUAGCGGUCAUGAUUGGCAAGGCAUCUGGAAGGGAAAGAGUAAGCGUAAAUUCGAUAUUCUUAUGAUUUAAGAUGAUUACAAAUUCGACUUAGCCAUUUCUCAUCCAGAGCAAUUAAAAUGACUUGUUAAUGAUUAUCCUUUUCUCAGUCUUCUUGCUUAUGAAGAACUGUGAGAGCUGAAGAGUGCUCUCUGCAUCUUUUACCAUAAGCACCCUAGCCCAUGAGAACGUAAAGAAGACUGGAAAAGUAAUGGUUAAUGGCAUGCAGGUUCCUGCCUUCCUUUCCUCCUGAGUCUUCUAUCCAUCUGCUCUUCUUUACUUUUCUUUCCCAUCUGCCUUCUCCUUUGGGGCUUGGGUGAAUACCGGAAGUGACGAAAUGCGAUUUCUCUCUCACUGGAGAUGGAAGUAAGAGUGUUUGCUCUUGGUAAUUAAUGCAGCUGGAUCCGGAUGUGCUACUUCUAUUUCAGUGUAGACAGGGAGCCUCAGAAAUUCUGCCACUUCCUCUUUCAGGGCAUGGUUUCAGUGUUCCGACUGGGGGAAAGGGUAAACCAGAGAGCAUAGCAAGUCAUUUAAAGGCACGUUGGCAGUGUUGUUAUUGUUAUUAGGGAGCCCAGAAUAGGAUUUAGGUACCCCACAGUGUGGUUUUAGAGAUUGUUUUAAAGGCCCUCAGUGAGCGGUCUGGUCCUCCUAGUUCCCCAUGAGGCCCAAUUAUUUUAUUAAAAAAAAAUUUUUUUUUUACUCCCCUCUCUAAGAUUUAGGAUUCUUAAGUAUGAAGUGGUGAGAUUAUUAAUUAGAAUAUCAUCACAAGUUUCCAUUUAAUUUUAAUUCCGCUGGGUUCUUUUUGUGCCCAGAGUCCCCAGGUGCAGUUUUCAGAGGAGUCUAGUUGCUCAGCACUUUUUGCUGUUAGAGCGGUUGUCCCCUUUAGAGCACAUAGGCUUGCACUGAGUCUGAUCUUUUGGGUUUACUUUAGCCAGGCUUUGUGAACCGCGUAGGGAAGUAGGCCGGAGUCUUGUGUGUAGCAGUCAGUUUCACUGUUUUUUGCCAAGGGACAUCCCAAGAACCAGUUGAAAUGAGGUAGUCAUCUAGAUCCUUAAAAUAAGUUGCCUGUGGCUUGCAAUAAGCUGAUCUGAUAUUAGGCAGAAACAAAAAAAGCCCCCUAAAUUUCCACUUGAGAGCAAGUGGAAACCUGUGCCCCCAUUAUCUCAUCUUAAACUUUUUUGUAUAUCAUGACAAUAUUUCUCUGCCCUCUGGCAUACUCAAAGCCUGCCCUACCUUUUCUUUCUUUCUUUUUUUUUGAAGGGGGUGGGGAGUUGAAUGUUGCUCCUGCAUCAACUUUUAGAUUUCACUUCCCCAGAAAAUUGCUUUCUCUUUUUUAGGUUCUCAACCUAAUCAUUUGGUUUAUAUUCAGGUUUAUUUAUACUCAAUCCUAAAGCCCUCCCCCACCCCCCUUAACUUUACAUUUCCUACGACUUACCAAGUGAGGUUCCCUUGAUCAAUUUUUUGAUCGCAGGGUUAACAGGAAUAGAAUGUUUGGAAUGAAGAUGAUACAGAAAAAUUCUCCUGAUUUUUUUGUUUAGUUCUGCUUUUGAAAAGGAAGAUUUUUCUGGCAUAUUUCUUGUCUUUGGUCAAACAAGUAGUGCAUGGAUAUUAAAGUUGAGGAGAUCAGGCGGUAGAGAAGUUGAUUGGCCUUUAUUUUUUAGAGAGCUUCUCAGACCUUCCUGAUUGAUAAGAAUAAAAGGUGUUAGAAUGUGGUGGGUAGAGAGAGUCUAGGAAGUAUAGACCUCCAUCUGAGAAGGUCCCUCUCCUCCUUCAUUUCAUUGUAUAAACUGUCAUGGUGGAAAUCAUUUUAAAUCUAAACAAUUAAAUUAGCCCACAUGUUCUAUAUUGGCUUAUGAUUGGUUACUUUUUCUCACUUGAUUUAGAUUCCUGGCUUCAGCUAUGUUCUCAGUGACCCUUAAACUAUAUAGCCUAACGUGAACUUUUUAAUAUUCCUAGAUUCCUGGUUAGCAAUGAAGGCAUUCAGAUAGGUUUUCACUUUUUCUUCCCUUUAUUGAUGCAGUCAAGGCCAGGCCUGCCCAGCCAAUAUGCUGCUGCUUCUUUUGGAGAAAGAAAUACUAGGGGAGAGGGGCAAAGGGAGAGAGAGGAUCUUAAGCAGGCUCCAUGAGUAUGCUUAAGACACGGAGCUUGAUCCCACCUCUCUGGGAUCAUGACUUGAGCUGAAAUCAAGAGUCAGACACUCAUCCAACUGAGCCACCUGGGCGCCCCGAAAGAAAUACUCUUUAAAGCCCAUGGCUUGGAACAUUUUUUUUACAGUGGCCAUGCUGAAAGUUUUCAUGUUCUGAAUUUUGAAGAGCAUGGAAAACCCAGUCUCGUGGAGACGCCCCUUCCGCCUUUCUCCAGUCCACACUGUGCUUAGGACAUUGGUGGUGCCUUGCUUUUCUCCUUGGAAAGAGAGUCUCCAUCUUUCACAUUCUCACACAGGGAAAAUUUUAGUUUGUAGCUACCUGGAAAUUUGAUGUUGAGAGUAUCUUCAGAGCUGCUUUGGUCUUGCUGAAAAUGAAGAAACGUUGCAGCUUCCAUCCGUAUGCAAAGGCUGAAUUGCAUCAUCAGCAGAUGGCGGAUCCAGACUUGUUGGAAGAGUCCUCGUCCCUCUUGGAGCCGAGUGAGAUGGGAAGGGGCACACCGUUAAGACUUGGCUUCGUGGCUGGUGUGAUUAACCGGGAGCGCAUCCCUACUUUUGAGCGCAUGCUUUGGCGGGUGUGCCGGGGGAAUGUGUUCCUGCGACAGGCUGAAAUCGAGAACCCCCUGGAGGAUCCUGUGACUGGUGACUACGUGCACAAAUCUGUAUUCAUCAUUUUCUUCCAAGGCGAUCAGCUGAAAAACAGAGUCAAGAAAAUCUGUGAAGGGUUCCGGGCCUCACUCUAUCCCUGUCCUGAGACACCACAGGAGAGAAAGGAAAUGGCUUCUGGAGUUAAUACCAGGAUUGACGAUCUCCAAAUGGUUCUGAAUCAAACAGAGGACCACCGCCAGAGGGUUCUGCAGGCGGCUGCUAAGAACAUCCGUGUCUGGUUCAUCAAGGUGCGGAAGAUGAAGGCCAUCUACCACACCCUGAAUCUGUGCAACAUAGACGUGACCCAGAAGUGCCUGAUCGCCGAGGUCUGGUGCCCUGUCACCGACCUCGACUCCAUCCAGUUUGCACUCAGAAGGGGCACGGAACACAGUGGCUCCACUGUGCCCUCUAUCUUGAACAGGAUGCAAACAAAUCAGACUCCCCCAACCUAUAACAAAACGAACAAGUUCACAUACGGCUUUCAGAACAUAGUAGAUGCUUACGGAAUCGGGACUUACAGAGAGAUAAACCCAGCUCCAUAUACCAUCAUCACUUUCCCUUUCCUGUUUGCUGUGAUGUUUGGGGACUUUGGCCAUGGCAUUUUGAUGACCCUCUUUGCUGUAUGGAUGGUGUUAAGGGAGAGCCGGCUUCUCUCCCAGAAGAACGAGAAUGAGAUGUUUAGCACUGUGUUCAGUGGCCGGUACAUUAUUCUACUGAUGGGUGUGUUUUCCAUCUACACUGGCCUCAUCUACAAUGAUUGCUUUUCCAAGUCUCUUAAUAUCUUCGGGUCAUCCUGGAGCGUACGGCCAAUGUUCUCUUUGUAUAAUUGGACGGAUGAGACACUUCGGGGGAACCCUGUUCUACAGUUGAAUCCAGCUGUCCCUGGAGUUUUUGGUGGACCAUACCCUUUUGGCAUUGACCCAAUCUGGAACAUUGCUACCAAUAAACUGACCUUUCUCAACUCCUUUAAAAUGAAGAUGUCUGUUAUCCUUGGCAUCAUUCACAUGAUGUUUGGAGUCAGCCUGAGCCUCUUCAACCAUACCUAUUUCAAGAAACCCCUGAAUAUCUACUUUGGAUUUAUUCCUGAAAUAAUCUUCAUGACCUCUUUGUUUGGCUACUUGGUUAUCCUCAUAUUUUACAAGUGGACAGCCUAUGAUGCUCAUACAUCUGAGAAGGCGCCAAGCCUUCUGAUUCAUUUCAUAAACAUGUUUCUCUUUUCCUACGGUGACUCUAGUAAUGCGAUGCUUUAUUCUGGACAGAAAGGAAUUCAGUGUUUCCUGGUAGUGGUCGCGCUACUGUGUGUACCUUGGAUGCUACUAUUUAAACCACUGGUCCUUCGCCAUCAAUAUUUGAGGAGGAAGCAUUUGGGAACUCUCAACUUUGGUGGGAUCAGGGUGGGCAACGGACCGACAGAGGAGGAUGCUGAGAUUAUUCAGCAUGACCAGCUCUCCACCCAUUCAGAGGACGCAGAAGAGCCUACCGAGGACGAAGUGUUUGACUUUGGGGACACCAUGGUCCACCAGGCCAUCCACACCAUCGAGUACUGCCUGGGCUGCAUCUCCAACACCGCCUCUUACCUGCGGCUCUGGGCCCUCAGCCUCGCUCAUGCACAGCUGUCUGAGGUGCUUUGGACCAUGGUGAUCCACAUCGGCCUCAGCGUGAAGAGCUUGGCAGGAGGUUUGGCGCUGUUCUUCAUUUUCGCCGCCUUUGCCACCCUGACUGUGGCCAUCCUCCUGAUCAUGGAGGGCCUCUCGGCCUUCCUCCACGCGCUGCGGUUACACUGGGUCGAGUUCCAGAAUAAAUUCUACAGCGGAACCGGUUUCAAGUUCCUACCCUUCUCCUUUGAGCACAUUCGGGAAGGGAAGUUUGACGAGUGAGCCCCAUGGAAGGCUGUGUACCACAGGCCACCGCCCCUCCCGCCCCCCGUCCCUCCACAGCUGUUAGCUCUGCUCCUCUCGCCUGUCGGUUGUGAUCCCUGGGUAUCGGGGCAUUUGUGUCAUCCCAGCCACCCUCCCAUCUGUGAGUCAUUUAGAUAGAUCCAGCCCUCCCUGGGUCCCCCACCGCCACCAACUUCCUGUGUAGUAUAGUGAUUUUCUAGAGAGAAGCUGGGCUCUGGCUGUCACUCACACCUACUGGGCACCGGCCUCACCCUCCCAGCCUCUGUCCAGCCAAAGACAGCCUCUCCUCUGUCCCCUGGUGGUGAGCAAGUUUGCAUUUUACGUGUGAGCCCAAAGCCCAUGGAAGAAGCACCUUUCACAUCCACACUCAGACUUUGAGCCUCCUGUUCCUGCCACGCUAGUCACUGGUUGGGGAUAGGGGUGCUCUUGAACAUACCCCACUCUUGGGUUAGCAGGGGCGGGUCCAGGAAGAGGGCACUUCUGUUCUCUGCCUAUCCCUCUGGCCUUCAGAGCAGUUGUUAAUCGGGAAUUUAGCUGGACCCAGCUGUGCCGUCGUGCAUGGCUUCUCCCUGUCACUCCCAAGAGUCCCAGGGUAUACCCAACACUACCUCCCUAACCCGCACCCUGUCCUCCUCCUUCCCAGAAUCCCCUCCUUCCCCCUGCUCCUGUUUGUACCCGGUGUAACAGCACAGCAGGGAGUGACCCAAACAGAGGUCCUGGCUGCCUGCUGUGGUUGGCUGCUGCUUCUCAGGCCAUGUGUGGGCCCUGCCACAAGCAUGCCCUCCGGGCACACGGUUCAGACAGAGGCUAUUUCUGGGUGCAGACCCCACAACCUUUCCCCACCCCUAAUCGUGAGUCUCGAGGGCAAGACUGUAGUCAUCAGAGGUGGUUCUGCCUACGGACCUGCCUUGCUCUGCCCUCCACUUCCCCUCCCCACUUCCACUGGGGUCCCAAGUCAAGGGAGUGGGGUCCUGGGCAGAGAAGGUCGGUGCCAUUUACAGUUCGCUGAUUGGAGGCGACCGCCAGGGCCACAGUACACCUGGUUGUGAGAGCCCUGCCCUGUGGGCCGAUGGUGAGCACCCCCAAGGGCCACCUCUCCUGUGCCCCCCAUGCCAGGCUGUGGCUUUCAGGGCCUUGUAAUCAUGUGUUGGCACAGCAGCCCGGGCUGCUUCAGCCAAAUCGAACCCCACGGCCCUCAGUGGUCGAGAUAAUCCCCUGAAUUGGCCAGGCCCCUGCCCUCCUCCUACCCUGGCUUUUCUGAGUUACUUAGAGCUGCUCACGACUCUCCUGGGCAUGGGUCACCCACCCCCACUUCACCAUGUGCUGGCCAGUGUGACCUGCCCCGACUUUGUGCAGAUUCCCUCCCCUCCGGGCUGGUGGUUUACAUGAUGCCCUUUGCUCUGUUUACAGCAGGGUUUGCCUCAGAGCUCGUUGUCCGGAACCCUGCCGGAGGCCCUUCUGUUCACACGUUCUCGUGCCGAAUAAAGUGUGUUUGACUCUA